AAAGUCUACGAAAGUCGUAAACAAAGAUUCGAAGACUGACCAAUGUGUUGGCUGACAAAAUCGAAAGCCUUGAGUAAAACAUUAGAAAGUUAUUAAUCAUGAGUACAAAUUACGAAAAUGUUGUGAAAAAUUAUUGAAUUUACUUGUCACUAUUCUCAGAAUGUGAGCCAGGAAGCUUGGAAUCGUUCAGUGUAGCGGGUUUAGCGUUACAAUUUUAAGGUUAUGUUGUGAAUCGUAAUUUGUCUUAUUCAACAAUAAUUUUACUUUUAUUACUGCAAAACAAUGUCUAAACGGAGAAUUAGUGCUGUGAGGCGUCAAUCUCGUUUGAGAAGAUCAAGUAGUGGCCCCGGAGAGCUUGAAGAGGAUUCAAACGUUUUUGGAAAAGAAGAUCCCUUUUGGUACAAACGUAUGGAAAAAAACAAUACAGCACUUCGACCUUCUCUGCGUCUCAGUAUCGCUGCAGAAUCAUCAGCAGUUCUGGACUCUGAAUCUGACGAAGAUAUGCCUCCACCUCAGGAUCGUUGGUGGAAUCCUUUAAGAAAGUAUAAUCAGACAAUUAAUCGGACCUCCGAAGUUCAAAGAACUAUUCGUUCAAGUCUAAACGCAGAUCCUACUUCAGAAGACAUCACUAUCCACGAUGGUUCAAUGGAUUCCCUACCAGAGAGGGACCCUAGAAAAAGGAAGACAAGGCUGUUCCUUGACACCCAAAAGAGGGAAAGUCUGGGAGCCAGGGCUUUUAUGAAUGUGCUAAACGAAUCAUCAACGACAGUUUUUUCAGAUCCUGGUCCCAGUAAAAGGAAGAAAUCUGUACCAAACACUUUAUUCUUAUCUGACGAGGACUCGUUCAUCCAAACAAAAAAUCCAAAUACGCGGAAGACGAGAGCAAAACUUUUUAACAAAAUUCGAGCUUCUCAGUCUGAAUCAGCAACUAACGUUUUUAACAAUCUUCUUGACGAUGCAAGUGUAAACAGCGAAUCUUCAACCCCCGCAAUUAAUAAGAGUCAACAGGCGCGAACUUUGAAUGAAUCGCAGAAAUCCGAAGUUCAAAUUACACGAGAAAUUGGACCUAAUCCAGAUUCAGUUAGCCAGAAAAUAAUAUCAGGGGAUAUUGAACCGAAUGCCAGUCACAAUCGUAGUAAGAAGGAGGGAACUGAGAAUCGAAAAGAAAAUUCAACUUUCGAUGGUAACCUAGCUGGAGGAGAACCGAUUCAGGAGCUUGUGUCUUUAGAAAAGCAUCACGAGGAGAAGCAAAACAAAGCUAAUCUAAGUAAAUCUCAAAGUAGCAGACUGACACAUUUUAAAGAUACAAAGAAUCUUGAAAAUAAGCCGAAAGAAGGAGAAGAUCUCUCUCGUUCAAGUUCGGAACUCGACGUAGAGUAUAAGAAUCUUGGAAGUACAAAGAGUAGCAAAAAAAGUCUCGAAUUGUCUUCCAAGAAUAGAAAAUCGCAUCAACCUUCACAAACAAGCUCACAAAAUAAUUCAGAAAAAAUAUUUCACAAGAUUCCUGUUACUUCCUUUAGUCGUUCUGAACAAACUGCUGAAAUAUUUGAUAGUGAAGAGAAGAAAGAUUUAAUCAGCUUUGGAACUCGAGGAAUAGUUGAUCAAAAUAAUCACAGCAAGAACCAUAAUUCAAGUCUCAACAAAUCUAGAAGCAGUUCACAGAAUUUGGACAAUAGUAGACAAAGUUCUCGCUUGGACGACAGUGUCAAAGUUCCUGAUCGACUGAGCAUUUUUGCAGAACAGCCCAAGUAUGAAUCGACGAGAAAAAUAGACGUCCCGAAAUCUAUAAAAAAUCAGAGAAGCGGGGAAUUAACUUUUGAUCAGAAAGAGGCCUCUAACGCAGUUUUGGAUCCAAAAAUAUUAAUCUCCACUGAGGAUAAUAGAAAGGAAUCGGGAGAUUUUGCAAAUACUCAAAAUCCGAGGGAACGGGAAGGAAGUAUCGAUUCAGAGAGAUCUCACACGAUUAGUUUGUCCGAAGAUGGGUCGAUUGAAUCAGUAAUACAAUACAACGAUACUUCGCAAAACACUAAUCAAAAUAUAAAAUCAAUUUCUAAUAAACGGUACGGAACGAGUUUCAUUCCCGCAGAUAGUAGCAGCGAUAAGGAGGCUUUGGAAGAGAAUAAUUCAUCGAAGAGGAAAACAGCAAAGCCAGUAAUUACUGACUACGAAAUUCUAAAAGUCAAUGAUAUUGAUAUAAGGAAAUUAAAGGGCUUUAGAGAAAUCUCGAAGGAAAAUAAAACGUCUUAUCAUAUCUCAAGAUCGCAAUCUGCAAUUCGAGAUGUUUCUAUUCCGAGUGUUGAAAAAUCCUCAAUUUUGACAAAAGAUUCUCAGAUGUCAGUUCUCGAGGACAAAUUUAGUCGAUUGCAUGGACAAGCGAUAUCAGAAAUUGCUUCGACUUCUCGUGAAGAUUCUCAAAUAUCUCGCAGACUUUUCAAUAAAGAGUCUGAUAAUGACAGAACUAGGGAGACUUUAAAUCAUCAAUCCAGUAGUGAUUUGCGAAAGAUUUUGGAAGAUGAUGAGGGUAAUGAGACUGAAGUUGGUGAAAAUCCGUUGCUGGUCCACACAGGAACUGGGAAGGAUUUGGAAAGAAAAAAUCCUGAAAAGGAUUUGCGAGAUCAGAAGCAGAAGAUGAUUGAUGAUUACUUCAGACGCAGAGGGGUGGAAAAAACGGAGGUAGAAUCUCAAUUGCAACGAAUUCCAUUUGCGGCGGCUGCAGGUAAUAAGAGUCUAAUGGCGAAUCACAAAAAGCAACUUGAGGCCAUUGUUGCACCUAUUAAAAGGGAACUCUUAAAAAGACCCAGGGAACAGGAAAAACCUGAGAAGAAAGUAUUGAUUGCCAAAGGAAUAUCGAAAAAGAAGCAAUCUAAAUUCGUAGAUCCAGCUUAUCUCGUGAAUGGUCUCCCUUACAAACCACCGAAUCUUCCAAAGCCAAAACACUGGGCAACGGAUCAUUUGUACAAGUUUAUUUGGAAGAAGAUAGAACCGAAAUAUCAAGGUAAAAAGAGGGUUCGUUCGGAGAAAUUUGUUUUAAAAUUGACACAGGCUUUUAACAAGAUCAUGAAAAAGAAUUUGUACAAAAAUUAUGUGGAUGAUCUUGAGAGUUUGAUGGAAGAAAUGGCUCGAUUGGGACUCAUUGUUAAUCGCAAAGACUUCAAUGACUUCUGUAACGAGUUUAUGCCUUACGAUUUUAGGAUAAAAACUACGCCGAUAUUACUUCCAGGGAAUAUAAUGUCGAUUCCGUAUGACAAGGAAAAGUUUUACGCUCCUAUUUUGAGUGAUGAUGAUUCUAGUUUGGGCGGUUGAGAGUUGUUGAUAGAAUUCUGAAUUUAUAAUAUCAAUUUCAAUUUAUUUUUCGUCGAUGUGAGGAGGAAGAUUUUUUUUUGUGAAAGACUUCAGUUCGCGAAAAGCGAUUUGAAAAAAUUAAUUUCGUAAGGAGUCAAUAUUUUAUAGUUUUAAGGAGACAUUCAACAUUUGGGAUAGAAGUUUAUUUAUGAUGGUUCAAAAACUACGUCACGCUACUUUGGAAACUUUUUUUUGGCCUCUCCCCUUCUUUAUGAUAUGUGAUUUUUUUCAUAAAUAGGAGUAUCAAUUCUUUUAAAUAAAACCAAAAGAGAUAAAUUUUCAUAGAAAAAUUUGAGUUUUCAAGUUGAAAAAUCGAACGUUUCAG